ACGUGUUCUAUACUUGGAAGCACGAAGCAGACAGCAGCUCCACGCGCCGACAUGUCCUGUACUACAGAAUAAGGGGGUCAUAGCCAGAAAGUAGCUGUAAGGAAGUGCUGCUUUGGUGGAACGAGCAGGAAGAGGAGGCAGAAGGAGACGGAAGGAGACGACAUGUGCGUCGCCUUUUGGGUCAUUGAGCGGCACCCGAUCUACAGGCUUGUUCUGGCAUUCAAUCGCGAUGAAUAUUAUGACAGACCGACGCGUUGCAUGCAUUUCUGGGAGGAUAUGCCAUCGAUCUUGGCCGGUCGGGACUUGGAAAAGGGAGGGACCUGGCUCGGGGUGUCGCGAUCCGGACGGAUUGCUUGGCUAACUAACUUGGGUACGCCAACCCCAAUGGUCCCGACGAGUCCUGUUGGUCCUCCUCCUCUUCUCUCCCGUGGGGCGUUGAUUCGAGAGUUCCUUGCAGGUAAUGAAUCUCCUAUGAAUUACUUGCGUAGGCUCUCCUCGCUCAUCUCCGGAGGCGACGCCUCUUAUGGUGAUUUCAACCUUGUCGUUGGUGAUCUGUGCAAGGGAGAAUUCGGGUACUUGGCGAGCCAAGUACCCAAGCACAGGAUGGGCCCACAGAUGGGGCCAGUGGCGGGACCACACAUCGUGGAACUGCAGGGACCAACGCAACUUGGGCCGGGAAUACACGGCAUGGGGAACGAAGUCAUGGGCACGAUGUCUAUGAGGAUAGAUAGAGGCAAAGGCGUCCUGCGGGAACUGAUGAUGGGAGAGGGAGGGGAGGAGGAGGAGGAGGUUUGCCUGGAGAAGGUGGCUGAUGAAUUGCUAGGAGACAAGGAGAUAGCUCGGGGGAUAGUUCGGGGGUUAGUUCGGGAGAUAGUUCAGGAGGAGAUGAUGGAAGACAGCUUCUCAGUACAACAUGUGGCAUAUAGGUUGCAAAGAUGCGAACAGAGAGAGAAGGAGGAGAGGGAGGAAGACGGGAGGUGGUCUGAGACUGCUGGAAAUGUAGUGUCAGGAAGCAACUUGAAGGCCAAGAUGGUGGAGGAGGGGGAGGAGGAGGAGGAGGAGGAGGAGGAGGAGGAGGAGGAGGAAAGCAGAGAGGGCAUCGCAAAGGAAGGAGAAGGGGAGCAAGGGGGGGAUGGAGGGGAGAAGGCAAGCACUUAUGGGUUCGACUGGGUUGGACAGAAGGAGAGAGCUCAAUCUCCUGUGAUGGACCAAGAAGAAGAACUGCCGGUUGCAGAUUUGGGAGAAGGUGGAGAGGGGGAGGUGAUGAGAGAGGGUGGUGUUCAAAGUUCACAAGCACGCAGCCCUUUGAAGAGAGAAUCAGAAGAAGGGAGUUUCAUUUUCCGUCCUCCGACAGCCGAUCCUCGAGGCAAGUUGUUCGGAACGCGGAGUUGUAUCGUUCUAACGGCGACUAAGGAUGGAGUCGUACAGGUUUACGAGAAGUAUAGAGAUGACUUGGGGGAGUGGAAACAUAACCGAUUCAGUUUUGAAGUGAAAUCACAAGUGAUCUGUGACCCCAUGACUGGCUUAUGAUGGUCACGGACGAAUGGCCCAGGACGAUUCCCAUGAAGAGGUACUGGUACUGGUACUGGUACUGAAGGAGGUGGAACGGCGGCCACUCGUUCAAGAAAAGGAUAUGGGUCAAGAUAGAGGGGAGGAGCAUCAAAGACAGCUCACUAGAGGAGCGCAGCGACCUGCCGGUCUGCCGUCUUCCCCCGAAAUAGAAAGCAUGGUCAAUCUUGCUCUAUCUGAACUGAAAGGUAACGCUAGACGCUACUAGACGGUGCCGGCUGAGCAGAUGAUUCCCGUUUCUGUUCUUGGUACAUAUUGGUACAUUGUUUCUCGUGACUGACAUUCUUACCCAGAUCUGAAGCCUGCGCCUUCACCUUGCGACCUAGCAGCAGAGCAGAUGAUUGCUGUUUGUAAAUAAAUCUCGUUGUUUCUC